CCUUAUUAUAUGGAGUAGUAUAACCCGAAAAUGGGGUCGGCAUUAUCUGUUCUUCUAGUCCUGCCGAGCCAGGGCAUCAUACGCAGAGAGACAGAGACCGGAGCGAGAGCGAAACGUUUCUCUCCCAGAACUUCCUGUGAAAAAUAAUUAUUAUACGCCAUACUUCUCUGUCUGUCGCAUUGAUACUCGAUAACCUUUUCGUGAAAUCAGAUCCAGUUUUGCUGAACAAGUUAUUUGUGGUGGUGAAUGGUGUAACAUGGUGAUGUCUUCUGUUACUUAACAAUGAAUUUCAGGUUUCUGGAUCACAUACCAUGGUUAAAUAUGCAUUCAAACAAGAAUUUGGACACAAGCCUUCCACCCACCAAUACUGUUUUAUCUGUGGGUACUACCUUUGAACAAUCGAAGCAAAAAACUCAGUUUGAUAUCAAGUUGUGGGGAUGGUCCUUGCUUUCAUUUGUUCCUUGGGCUAUCAAUGCUAAAGAUAGAAUUCAAACACCAACCACUAUAAACAAAGGUUUGAAAAGGCGUGCUCGAUCUCAUGGUGUUAUCGAAAAUAGUGGAGCUGGUGGUAACCCUUUGCGCUUUAGACCAUAUGUAUCCAAGGUUCCGUGGCAUACUGGUCCAAGAGGAUUUCUUUCUCAGCUAUUUCCACGCUAUGGGCAUUAUUGUGGGCCCAAUUGGUCGAGUGGGAAAGAUGGGGGUUCUCUUCUUUGGGAUAGGAGACCAAUUGAUUGGUUAGAUUAUUGCUGCUACUGUCAUGAUAUCGGCUAUGAUACUCAUGAUCAAGCCAAGCUGUUGAAGGCAGACUUAGAAUUUCUUGAGUGCUUGGAGAGGCCACGUAUGACUAUGAAAGGAGAUCCCCAUGUUGCUCGGAUAUAUAAGACAAUGUGCAUCACAGGUCUUAAGAAUAUCCUGAUACCAUACAGAAUCCACCUGUUGAAGUUACAGUCUGGGAGAUCCUUACUCAAUUUUGGGUGGCUAAGCAAUGUGAAAUGGAGAGGUAGGAAUUGGCAGAAAAAGGAAAAAUAAUUACAGCUGUGAUCAUCAGACAACAAGGUUGGAAUUACAUCGGUACUUAUCUUGUACUUGUAUUUAAAUUUAUGUUGGACCUUGUUUGUGCUAGUGCUUCAAGGUACAGAGGGAUCACGGCUGUAUAGGAAAUUUGAGAUGGCUAAAACUCGUUUGCCUUUCUCAAGAAUGCAUAUAAUGUAAAUAACUGCUUUUGGCAUCUCUUUUUUUUUUUUUUUAUAUGGUUGCAAAAAUAUAGUAAAAUCCAUCAUGCAAUUGGUAGAUACUUGUGUACUUGUUUUAUUGUAUACAUAUAUGAGACGUUGAUUAGGUAUUACCUUGAGUUUACCCAUA